UUGCCUAGGAGGGAGAGCUUCGUAGCUCCGACAGCCUCACACCUCGCCUCGUUUGACUGCAGAACCCACCCUUCAUCCUCUCUGUCACCGUCACCUAGAAACCCGCCAUCAAACGUCAAACGCACAAUUCAAUAGUUAAGCAAUGGCCGACCGUUACUCUUUCUCGCUGACGACGUUCUCGCCCAGCGGCAAGCUGGUUCAGAUCGAGUAUGCUCUGAACGCCGUCAACCAGGGUGUCACCGCCCUCGGCAUCAAAGCCACCAACGGCAUCGUCCUCGCGACCGAGAAGAAGUCAUCAUCGCCACUUGCCGACCCUAGCUCGCUGUCCAAGAUCAGCCUCGUCACUCCCAACAUCGGAAUGGUGUACUCAGGCAUGGGUCCCGACUAUAGAAUAUUGGUGGACAAGGCUCGCAAAGUGUCCCACACUGGCUACAAGCGCAUCUACAACGAGUACCCGCCCACGCGGAUAUUGGUGCAGGAUGUCGCUCGUGUGAUGCAGGAGGCGACCCAGUCUGGUGGUGUCAGACCCUACGGUGUCAGUCUGCUCAUCGCUGGCUGGGACGAGGGUAUCUUGCCCGAGGACGAGGCCGAGACCAAGGAAGGAGAGGAGAAAAAGCCUACUGGCAAGACGGGCGGUACUCUGAAGGGUGGACCUAUGCUGUACCAAGUUGACCCCUCCGGAAGUUACUUCCCCUGGAAGGCGACGGCCAUUGGCAAGAGUGCUACGUCGGCAAAGACAUUCCUGGAGAAGAGAUACACCGAGGGCUUGGAGCUUGAGGAUGCUGUGCACAUUGCGUUGCUCACGCUCAAGGAGACCAUCGAGGGAGAGAUGAACGGCGAGACCAUCGAGAUUGGUAUUGUCGGACCCCCAGCGGACCACUUGCUCGGCAUCGAGGGCGUCGAGGGCGCCACGGGCCCUCGCUUCAGGAAGCUCAGUCCCCAGGAAAUUGAGGACUAUCUUACGAACUUGUAAUUCCCGCGACGACUGGAACGGUCUAACCUUGUAUCAUAGAACAGCAUAGAGACAUGGGGGCGAAGGAGCUCCAAGCUCUAGAAUCAAUGGAUGACCUGCAAUGACAAGUUUCACCAAA